AUGGCGGAAGGAAGGAUGAAUUUGGCUGCUUUGCAGCAAAGAGAUCCAUAUAUUUCCGAAAUUUUGGAUACUGCAUCACAAGUUGCAUUGUAUUCGUUUAAUUCUAAGUCAAACGAAUGGGAGAAGACCUCAAUAGAGGGAUCCUUGUUCAUCUACAAAAGGUCAGCUUCCCCAGUGAAUGGAUUUAUGAUACUCAAUAGGCUUGGCCUCAACAACCUGAUCGAACCCAUCACCAAAGAUCUGGAGUUCCAACAGCAGGACCCUUUCCUUCUCUACAGGAAUGCAAAAAGUAUCUAUGGUGUAUGGUUUUAUGAUAAGGAUGAAUGUAAAAGAUUGGGUCACAAACUGAACAACUAUGUGCAAGAUAUUCUAGCGGAACAGCAGAAGAAGGAAGCUCCAGCAGCUGGUGUGGUGGGCGGAGCUACAGCAAGGCAUCCGGGGAGUAUGGCUGGCAUGAUGCCAGCUUCCCAGGUUGACAUAAUGCAGAUGCUGUCCAAGGCACAACAAGAAUACGAUACUGGUUCAAAGAAGACAGAACCAAAACCUAUGAUUGACAAUCCAAAUGCCGCUGCUACAAAAUCUAACAACCUCAUAAGACCCCAACCUCUUAAAAUGCCAGACACUGAUGCCGUGGACAUCUCUGAUGAUGCUCCAGGCAGUGUAACACCUGGUACUGGUAUUAUUACAUUGGAUGCUUUGUUCCGCACGGCUAGUUUACAGCAGGGAACCAGCACUCAGAAAACUCCAUCAGCAAGCCAGACCCAAAUUGACAGCUAUUUUCAGGCAGGCAUUCAGGAACACAAAGCUCAAAGAUCAUCAGCAGCACCUACUGGCAAGCCAGUAGCCGACAGAACUAAACCUGACAGUGAUGAUCUGCCACCACUUCUUAAACACAUCAUGUCAACUGGCUCAAUGGUAGAAGACAUUGAACGCCAACAUAUACCAGGUGUUGGAGACGGGACUGGGGAUGAUGGGACAAGUGGUCCCGCCCAACUGACACCUGGAAUUCCGGAUUUGACACAACCACCUCCUAAUCAUCCUGCAUAUAGAGGCCCUUCCCCACAAGCAAGAAAAUCUCCAAUGGACAUGUAUAGUGGUAGCGGAAGGCCUAAAAGUGCAUCUUAUGCUGAAUCAGUUUUACAAAGUGAAAAGGGACCAUCAAAUUCUGGUAUUAAGGGCACAGUUCCUGCCCCUCGUAUAUUAUCUGGGAAUUUAUUACCAGUGUUUGGCAGCUCUUCUACGUCUAGUCAACCUUCAAAUGCUCAAUCCAUGUCCUCAUCAAAGAAACUUUCUCCAGAGACUAUAUACACGAGUAGAAAGUCCCCAAAAGGAGAUGCCGAUACAGUUGCUAGACCAAAAGUUGACCCUACUACAGUAUUAAAGUCAGCCCCUUUAUUGACCCCUGCAGAUCUUUUACAAUCAUCUUCAUCUUUAGCCUCUUCAUCAGUUUCAUCAUCAACUACUGUUACAACAACAACAACAUCACAUUUACCAGACAAGCCCAUGAACCCAAACUUUGCAGCAGCUGCAGCCUCUCUUACAACAGAAUUGUUAUCACCAAUGGCAUUUAUAUCAUCAUCUGUCAGGAAAACUCCACCAGCUACCAGUGUUUCAGAAAGAUCAUCAUCUUAUGAGGAGAAAGUAGAUCACAGCAAAGAUUCUGAUGUCUUACCUGUGGCUGCACUCACAAAGGAACAGUUACAACAAGCUCUCAUCUAUUUAUUAAAGAAUGACAUUAGUUUUAUCAGCACUAUUCAUGAAGCCUACCUAAAAAGCCUCCAAGAGCUCUCAGGACAAAAGUCAUAGCAAGACUGUAGAACCAUAGCAGAUCUUCUGACAAUUUCUGAACAAUUUUUUACUGAAUUGCAAAAUUAAUUUACUAGUCGUAAGUGCAGUUUCAGGACAAAUUAAUUUCUCAAUGAAUACUCAUAAUCGUCUUUUUUAUGCCCCCGAAGGGAGGCAUAUUAGUUUUCAACUGUCUGUUCGUUAGUUUGUCACAACGUUAACUUUGCAACGUUAACUUUUUGCAUGAAGGCACUUUACUCGCGAACCACUGCCCCCAGGACCUUCAAACUUCACAUGCUAAUAGCACUUAUUGAGUACACGACCUUAUUGACUUUGGGGUCACCAGGUCAGAGUUCAAGGCGCUGCAGGGGCAUUUGUCACCAUUAGUGACAGCUCUUGUUGUUACAUUGUUAUUCUUAGUGCAAAUUAUUAUUUCUUCAUCAUAUCACAAAGUGAUCUCCCUUCCAUAGAGACUUACAUACAAAAUUACCUCCCUUACACAGGGACAGUGUAAUGUCUAACACACAGAGUGAAAUCUCUUCCACAGAGACAUAAAUACUAAAAUUUUUUUAUCAGCUACAUACAUAGUGAUCUCCCUUCCAUAGAGACAAAUACAAAAUGACCUCCCUUACACAGAGACAAUGUAAUGUCUAACACACAAGAGUGAAAUCUCUUCCACAGAGACAUAGAUACUAAAUUUUGUAUCAGCUGCAUACGUAGUGAUCUCCCUUCCAUGGAGACAAUGUUAUACCAAAAACCAUACCUGCUGCUUAACAGAGUUACCUUCCCUGAGUGCAUAGAAAAUGGGUAAUAGACUUUCACUGUGAUCUCAACGGAACUGAGUGAUCUCCCUUUCAAAGGAGGUAAAGUUAUAAAUAACAACUACUGUGACCAGUUUCGUAGAAGAGUGACCUCACUUGAGUGGAGACAACCUCUACCUACUUACAGUGUUAAUGAGAAUAAAGUCCCUUGAAAUUUGAUUUUUCAAGCAUGUGAAAGUGCUUUUAGACAUGUAAACAAUGUGUUCAGUUAGUUCUAUAUUUAUGAAUUGUGUACUAAAUAUUGUAAUAGUUUCUAUGUUUGUUUUAUGAUGUCUUGUGAAGUGCCAUUUUGUACAUGUUUUUACUGAUUAGUAUAUUUUGUUUUAGUAAUUUUACAAAUCUGAAAAGAUGCUUCUUAUCAAGUUUGCAAAUGUUUGAUAGAAGAUUUGUAAUUCAUGUUACCAUUAGAAACAAGAAAGGAUGAGGAUAAGAAGAAAUAUUAAAUUUGAAAAUUGCUCAUUCAGUAAAUUGAGAAAAAUAGCUUUAACAUAAAAAGCAAGGUCAGAAAUCUUAACAUGAAGUUUUCAGCAUUUACAAAAAGAUCAAGAUGACAUUUUCAGUUUUGACAAAAAGAUCAAGGUCAGAAAUAUUAUCAUAAAAAUUUCAACAUAGACAAAAUAUUGAAAUAAACGAAUAGAUCAAGGGGUCAGAAAUCGUAUCAUGGAAAUUUUCAGCAUUGACAAAAUGAUUGAGGUUAGAAAUAUAAAUAUGAAUUAAGCAUAUAGGUCAGGAUCAGAUUUCAUUUAAGAUAUUUUUUUUUUUCGGUAUUGGCAAGAAAGGUCAAAGUCACACAUGGCCUAAAGUGAGGGCGAAGUUUGUUAUAGGUUGAAACUCAAGUCAUUUUAUUGUGCAUUUCAGAAAAAAAAGUAAUUGUAGUUUUGUGUGUUGAUUGUAUAUCAUCAGAUGUUCAGAUGUUGAGGUACAAGUUUAAAAGACUUGGUGGUUGUUGAGCUGUUGAAGUGGGUCAAUUAUUUUUGCCUCAGUUGAUUUUCACUUACAUUUUUGAUAUAAUAUCAAAACAUAUGUCACAGUAUGAGAAAAAUGUGCAGCCAGGCUGGGACUUGAACCCGGGGCCGCGAAAUACCGUUCCGAUGCUCUACUGACUGCACAUAGACAGUUCUGGUAUUUUAGAGUUUUUAUGAAUUUCUUUUUAGACAAUUGAAGCAGUUGUGAUAAAAGAAGUUGGUAUCUUGAAAGAAAGAGCUGUGGAGGAAGAAAACAGUAUCAGUUAUAACUUAAAAAUGUGUCCCUAAACCACGAGAAAUAAAUUUUACAUCAUAUCACAAUGGAUUGGACCUUUAUACAGGAUGGCAAAAACAACUUGUACCACAUAGUUAUGUCAAAGUCCACUUUGCAGUUAAUAGACAGCCACAUUUUGUAUUGUGCAUUUUUGUGUUUGAAUACUUAAGAAAUUUUAUCCUGAAGUAUUUAGUGCACCAAUAAGGAGUUGACUUGUAUGAUAGUAAAAUUGGCUUCUGAACAAAUAUUAAUUGGAACAGAGACAGACGGUUGUAUACUUUUGGCACUUUAUAUUGUGAUAUGUAAAUAAGCAUCUUGAUUGUAAUUAUGUACAUGUUUUAAAAUUAUUUUAUAGUUGUCAAUCAAAAUUGUAUAUGCAUGGUAUUGUUUGAUAUCAUGUACGUGUCUUAUUGUUUAUUGAAUAUUGUUAUACUUAGGCAAGUAAUAAUUAAAAAAAUGUGAAUUUUAAUGCUGUGAGGUUAACAUUUCUUGUGACCUCUGACCUCAUUUUAUCACCGCAUUAUUAUAGUAUUUUAUUUAUUGAUGUUUUUUAUGUUUACGUACUUUCCAUGCUGUGGCUAAAUAUAUUUUAAACUGUUGAUGGGGGAAAAACUGGGAUACCUGUAGCUUCAUUUGCAUUUGAGGCUAUUUCUUCAUUUGCAUUUGAGGCUAUUUCUUCAUUUGCAUUUGAGGCUAUUUCUUCAACAGAUUCCCAGAAAUUUUGUUUGUAGAAAUGAUGAAUCAACAAGUAUGAAAUAUAAUGGUGCUAUAUGUAUACAGCUUUAUGAAAAGAGGAGGUAUAAAUAUGCCCUGGUAUAUGAAACUGUCGUCUGGAAAAUUUAGUUGAUGUAUGAUAUAGUUUUUUGAACAGUUAAACUGUUAAACAGUUUCUGCUUUGUAUUAACUGAUGGUGCAGAAGAGAUUUUGCUGGUAAUGUGCUUGCAUUUAGAAGAAAUGAAAAUUACGGCAGCUGAAAGAAGAUUUAAGUAGUCACUUUUGUUAUUAUAUGUAUUUUGUAUUGUAUGAUAAAUAUAUAUUACUUUUGUUUGUUGCCCAGUUGUGAUGUUUGCUUUUAUUAUUGAAAUUGUUUUACUAUGAUAUCAUGUGCAUUGAUUCAAUUACAUGUGGAUUGGCUUGAUGAAAUGUGGAUUGGUGCAGAAACAUUUUGGAUUGGUGCAAUUGAAUGUGGAUUAUUCCAUUUAGAUUGUAGUAAUCUUGAACACUAAUACAUGUUGUUGCUAGGAACUUUAAUAUGUCCAUUGAUAUUUAUUAUUGAUGCAUAAUACAUGUGUUUUGAGUGAGUUUGAUAGCAUUAAACCAAAAUCGCAGUUGCUGUUUUGGAAAUAGCUGAUUCUUCAUUAUGUAACUAAUCAGCCAAUGAAAUCCAUUGUUACAAAUAACUGGUUCCUGUUUUGCUUUUUCACACACAAAUGGGAACCAUUACACUGUGGUCCAACCACGAUGAGAGAUUGGUUAAACGUCGGUUGCAAUGAAUGAAAAUUUGAACAAUGGUAAAAGAACCAUGGUUGCUGUUUGAACUCGGGUCUGUGUAGAAGAACACAGUGUGAUAGAAAAUCGGUUGAAGGCUUUUUUGUACAAGACAAAAAAUCUAAUGUAAGAGCAGAAAAAUGUAGAUGGUGAUAUUUGUUAUGGCAAUCAAGAAAAAGCAGUUUUAAAGUUUUUGAGCAAUUAUUUACAUUGUAUUUAUAUGAGAAGUAUUGCUGCUGUACAAUGGGUCGAAGAUACUGUUUGACAAAAAUGUAAAAAUAGAAAAGAAAAUGUAGAUGGUGCAGUUUAUGUUGUAGAAUUUGUACCUCAUUAUGAAGUUGUUAUGAGACUGUAGACAUUGUAAUGCAUAAAGAAAUUCAAUGAAUGGAAGACAUUGUUUGAAUUAUUUGACAAAAAUGAGAUGUUAGACAAGAAAAAGAGGUGGAGGUUGUCAUGACAAUAAACAAAUUCUCUUGUAUCUCACAAUGAUGUUGAAAAGUUAAUGUAGACAUUACAUAUUUAUGAAAAAACUGUCAGAAAUACAAUAUAUCUAACAAGGAGAACUCAGUGAGACUAUGUGGAGCUUAACACAUUGGGUUGCUGGAAAAUUGAUCCUUAUUCAAUUAUUGUUGUGAGAAAUUAUUUCAGUCUUCAUUCAGGGUGAAAAUGGGAAGAAAAUGCUUCCACUAUGAAAGAUAGAUAUGUUUCUGACUUCGGAUUAACAGAGAUAAUAUUUUUUCAGUAUUGAUAAGAAACUUUGGAGAGCUAGUGUUCGUUGUUAUUUAUAUGAUGCCUGAUAGAUCUUGUGAAAUAAAGGAUGUUAAUCAAAGCUAGGCCAAAAUAAAAAAUUGUUUUACCCCAGAAAUAUUCCAUUUGAUGUCAGUUUCUACUUUAUGGGAAAAAUAUCUUCCAUAUUUUGGCCUUAAAAAUGUCUUCAGUAUUUUUGCCUAGUGACAAUUUCGUUAAAGAUCAAUUUUUUUGUGUACUAUUUGAAACUGAUUUCUGUAGUAAUGGAAUAUCAAGUGAUUACUUGUCAAUGACAAGGUGAAGAUAUUGUUGAAAUGAUAGCAGGAGUGUAUGUUAGUUUGCCAGUUACUUCAGAUGGCCAAGAUCUCCCUUGGUUUCGAAAUAAUAGACUUGAUCUGGUGUUGACAUCACACCUUGAUUAAAAGGUUUGCAUGUAUUAGAUUGAAACAUCAUACGUGACUUCCCAGUCAUCAAAGCUAUUGAAAUUAGCAAGUUAGAUAACUCUUGAUUUAAUUUAAUUUAAAUUUGUACCCUUUUUCAACUUAGAACAUUCAGUUUAAGCUGUGUGUGCAAAUACUUAUCAAUGUGUAUUUCAGUAAUAAAUGUAUGUAUUGGACUGAAACUUCACACAAUGCUUCCUUCCUAUUUUAAGUACUUACUUAAUCAAGGUAGAGGUAAAUAACCUUUGCUUGAAUUUAAUUUAAAAUAUUGCUCUUUUUCAACUUCAAAAAUUUGGUUGAAGUUUGAAUGCUCUAAUUCGGUCUAACUGCCAAGUAGCAUCUCAGACAGAAACUUUAGUCAAUUCUUUCCAGUCGUCAAAAUUAAUGUACUUGCAUAAUCAGGUUAGAUAACUUUUAUAUGAAUUUAAUGAAAAUUAUGACUUUGUUUUUUAGAAAAUUUGGUUUUGCAUGCAAUUUGUUAUUAUUAUUGAUAUGAAAUAAAUUGUAAUACAAUAACUUGGUUACUAAGUCUUGGCAAGUUAAAGCCAUUUUUCAGCUUAAAUAUUAACAGAUAGUAGAGUAAUGCUGUUUUACGAAUAGCUCUUUUUUGUCUGAAUUUUGGUCAGUAUGUCUUUAGGAAUGUGGGAAUGAAUUAAAAACCUGGUUAAAAGAGACCACUUGUUUUAAUUAAAUGGUCAGAGUUAAUACUGGUUAGAAUUUUUUAUUGUAUGGCUGCUUAAAUAGAAAGAUGUAGAUAGCUCAAUAGGGAGAGCACAGUUCUAUGCAGCCUGGGGUCGUGAAUUUGAUCCCUGGUUGAGGCAUAUUUUCUCCGGGAAACUUCAAUAAAAGACAUUGUGUCUGAAAUCAUUCGUCCUCCACCUCUGAUUCAUGUGGGGAAGUUGGCAAUUAAUUGCAGAGAACAGGUUUUACUGGUAUAUAAUCCAGGAACAUUGGUUUAAUAGGUUAACUGCCCACUGUCACACAACGGAAGGACAUCGAUGUAAAAAGAAGAUGCUGAAAUUUGUUUAGACAUCCUAUGUUAGAAAUAGCUGUUUUAAAACAGAGAACCAAGUAAUAAAGGCAGAAAGUAAUCUUGUGACAAAUUGAUGAUGCUGAGUUUGUCACAAAGACAUCAUUACUCUUCCUUAACAUGGCUCACAACCAUUUGAGAUGAUUAAAGAGGUGUGUAUUUAUGUAGAAAAUAGCAGAUGUGUAUUAAAGAGGUAUGCCUUUGUAUUCAUUGCCAAUUUUUUCAAAAUUUAGAAAGUGCUUUCAGCAGUUAAUAUUUGUUAAAGAAAAUAAAGAGAUAGAGGAAAUUCUAAAACAGUUAUUUAUAAAAAAUACUUUAUAAUCUGUACAGUUAUAAAGUAUUUGUCAUUCAGUAAAAAUGUGAUGUAGAAAAAUAGUUAUAACAUUUAAGUACUUUGUCAUUAAAAAUCAACUUUCAUGUAUAGAGAUACCAACUUACAGUUUUUUACACACAGUUGUUUUGAAAAAUAAUUGAUAUUGAUCUGGAGGCAUGCCCCUUUAAAGUAAAAUUUCUAGGAAAAUUUCACGAAAAUGGCACCCAAAGGGUUAUCUGAUAUAUUUAUAAUUUGAUGGACUGUCAAUAUCUAAGAAAUUUCCUUUUAUGCCAUGCAUCAUUGAAAAUAAACGGUGCCACCAAAUGUCAGAAAAGUUUACACCAUCAUCAAUAAAUGUCUAGGAAAUUCCAGGAGAUGGAUAGUCCAUGCUUGCUACAAAAUAUUUGGUAGCUAGACAAGUCAUCAUAUAUAUUCUUCUAUCACCCCUGAUCCUGGUGUCAUCUUGCACCAACGGGUCGGGUUUAUGUACUGAUUUGUAUGUUUAGUUCACCACUUUAGUACUUCACCACUAUAGUACUUCACCACUAUAGUACUUCACCAUGAUAGUACUCCACUACUGUAGUACUUCACCACUAUAGUACUUCACAAUGAUAGUACUUCAACACUACAGUACUUCACUAUGAUAGUACUUCACCACUAUAGUACUUCACUAUGAUAGUAUUUCACCACUAUAGUACUCCACUACUAUAGUACUUCACCACUAUAGUACUUCACUAUGAUAGUACUUCACCACUAAAGUACUCCACUAUGAUAGUACUUCACCACUAUAGUACUUCACUAUGAUAGUACUUCCCCACUAUAGUACUUCACCAUGAUAGUACUUCACCACUAUAGUACUUUAUGCUUGUUAUUUCUCAAAAUGCCCAUUUUUAUCAGGAUUGCUUAUACUUCCUUCAAUUUUACCUAUUUCUAAAACCUCCCUAUGUUCAGUGCUUCUUUUAUCUGGAGCAUUUUACUUUUUCCUCACUACCCUGUCUUGUUAUGUGUCACUUCAUAAAUUUCACUUCUAAUAUAGUUUCAGUAUUAUUUAGCUGUUCCCAAUUGAGUUUUCAUGAAUGUCCCUUUGUGUUCCUUGAGGCUUCUAUGCCCUUUCACAUGUUCCUUGAGGCUUUUAUGCCCUUUCACAUGUUAAAGCUUUUAUGCCCUUUCAAAUGUUCCUUGAGGUUUUAUGCCCUUUCACAUAUUCCUUGAGGCUUUUAUGCCCUUUCACAUGUUGAGGCUUUUAUGCCCUUUCACAUGUUCCUUGAGGUUUUAAUGCCCUUUCACAUGUUCCUUGAGGCUUUUAUGCCCUUUCACACGUCCUUGAGGUUUUAAUGCCCUUUCACAUGUUCCUUGAGGCUUUUAUGCCCUUUCACAUGUUCCUUGAGGCUUUUAUGCCCGUUCACAUGUUGAGGCUUUUAUGCCCGUUCACAUGUUCCUUGAGGCUUUUAUGCCCUUUCACAUGUUCCUUGAGGCUUUUAUGCCCGUUCACAUGUUGAGGCUUUUAUGCCCUUUCAUAUGUUCCUAGAGGCUUUUAUGCCCUUUCAUAUGUUCCUCAAGGCUUUUAUGCCCUUUCAUACGUUCCCUUUUAUGCCCUUUCAUAUGUUCCUUGAGGCUUUUAUGCCCUUUCACAUGUUUCUUGAGCUUUUCUGUCCGUUAUCUACUUCAGAUAACUCUCCUUGUUCCUUGAGCUAUUCACACUUCAGUGACCAUUCCCUCUUGUUCUGUGUUUAGUUUUCAUAUCUAUUUCUUUGAUCAUUUUGAUUAUUUAAUGUAACUUAAGCUUUCCAUGUACUUUGACCAUCUCCUCUGGUUCUGUGUUUAAAGUUUCCAGAAUGCUUUGCUUUUCUUUUGGCAUUUUUACUUCUGUUUUAUUUUCACUUCUCACUUUUCUUUAACCACCCAUCCUGGUUUAUUUUGCAAUUUUUCACUUGUUUGGUCAUUUUUUUUGCCCCCCUUCAAAGAAGGAGGGGUAUAUUGUUUUGCAGAUGUCAGUCGGUUGGAAUGUAGACCAAUCCGUUUCCGGAUGGUAACUCAAGAACUCUUGGGCCUAGGAUCAUGAAAGUUGAUAGGGAGGUUGGUCAUCACCAGCAGAUGACCCCUAUUGAUUUUGAGGUCUGUAUGUCAAAGGUCAAGGUCACAAUGACCCUGAAUAGUAAAAUGGUUUCAGGAUGAUAACUCAAGAACCCUUGGGCCUAGGAUCAUGAAAGUUGAUAGGGAGGUUGGUCAUGACCAGCAGAUGACCCCUAUUGAUUUUGAGGUCAGUAUGUUAAAGGUUAAGGUCACAGUGUCCCAGAACAGUUAAACGGUUUCCGGAUGAUAACUCAAGAACGCUUAGGCCUAGGGUCACAAAAGUUGAUAGGGAGGUUGGUCAUGACCAGCAGAUGCCCCUUAUUGAUUUUGAGGUCAUUAGGUCAAAGGUCAAGGUCACAUUGGCCAGGAACAGUUAAACGGUUUCUGAUCUUCUUGUCCAAAACCAUAGGGCCUAGGGCUUUGAUAUUUGGUAUGUAGCACAAUCUAGUGGUCCUCUACCAAGAUUGUUCAGAUUAUUUCCCUGAGGUCAAAUAUGGCCCCACCCCGGGGGUCACAUGGUUUAUAUAGACUUGUAUAGGAAAAAACUUUGAAAAACCUCUUGUCUAAAACCACAGGGCCUAGGAUUUUGAUAUUUUGUAUAUGAAAUCAUCUAGUGGUCCUCUACUAAGAUUGUUCAAAUUAUUCCCUUAGGUUCAAAUAUGGCUCCGCCCUGGGGGUCACAUGGUUUACAUAGACUUAUAUAGGGAAAAACUUAGAAUCUUCAUGUCCAUAACUUGUCGAAACGACAAAGACUUUGAUAUUUUGUAAUGUAGCAUCAUCUAGUGGUUCUGUACCAAGUUUGUUCAAAUUAUCCCUCUAGGGUCAAAUAUGGCCCCGCCCCAGGGGUCACAUGGUUCAUAUAGACUUAUAUGGGGAAAACCUUAGAAUCUUCAUGUCCAUAACUUACAUCUUUCAAAUUUGGACCACAUGUAUAGUUUUGAGUGGCAAGAUGAACCUUGACAUGAGUUGACCUUGAUCUUGACCUAGUGACCUACUUUCACAUUUCUGUAGCUACAGCCUUCAAAUUUUGACCACAUGCAUAGGUUUGUGUACCGAAAAAAACUUUGACCUUGUUAUUGACCUAGUGACCUACUUUCACAUUUUUGAAGGUACAGGCUUCAAAUUUGGACCAUAUGCAUAGUCUUUUGUUCCGAAAUAAAGUUUGACCUUGAUUUUGACCUAGUGACCUUCACAUUUUAUCAAGCUACAGCCUUCAAAUUUGAACCACAAGCAUAGUUUUGUGUACUGAAAAAAACUUUGAUCUUGAGAUUGACCUAGUGACUUACUUUCACAUUUCUGAAGGUACAGGCUUCAAAUUUGGACCACUUGCAUAGUUUUGUGUUCCGAAAUAAAAUUUGACCUUGAUUUUGACCUAGUGACCUACUUUCACAUUUCUCAAGGAUCUACUUUCACAUUUCUCAAGCUACAGCCUUCAACUUUGAACCACAUGCGUAGUUUUGUGUACCGAAAUUAACUUUGAUCUUGAGAUUGACCUAGUGACCUACUUUCACAUUUCUGAAGCUACAGGCUUCAAAUCUGGACCGCAUGCAUAUUUAUUUUUGUGUUCUGAAUUGAAAUUUGACAUUGAUUUUUACCUAUUACCUACUUUCACAUUUCUCAAGCUACAGCCUCCAUAUUUGAAGCACAUGCAUAGUUCUGUCUACCGAAAUGAACUUUGGCCUUGAAAUUGAUUUAGUGACCUACUUCCACAUUUCUCAAGCCACAGCUUUCAAAUUUGGACCACAUACACAUUGUUUUGUACCGAAAUGAAAUUUGACCUUGAUUUUGACCUUGAGCUAGUCUUGAAAUUUGGAACAUUCAAAAAUGGCUCAGUGGAUGGCACCAAGAUCACUGUAAUCUCUUGUUAGGUUAAUAGGUUAAAGGUCAAGGUCAGAUUAAACCAGAAUGGUAGAACUUUUGUUUACAGUGAGCAUAUAAUUUCUGUUCCUUGUGCAAUUACUGAAUGCAUCAAGGGGGGCAUUUCGUGUUUGACGAGCUGUUUGUUUCUUUGGUUUUCAUGCUUCCAUGAAGCCUGUUUCUUGCUGUCUUCUAUUUGCAUCUUAAGGUAGUUCUGCACAUUUGGAUUGAAUUUUUUUCUACAAUAUAGAAUUGAUUAAACACUAAUUUUUCAAAACUUCAAAAUAUACUUAGAAAAUUCAGCAAAUAAAAAAGAUAGGGUCGUGUGCUUGAUUAGUUGCUAGACUGAUUUGAAAAAUUUUGACCUCCCGCAACUUUUCAUAAUGGGAGUCUAAGGGAAAAUCACAACUUUCGUAAUAUAUUCGCGAAUAGAAAUUUUUCUACAAUGCAGAUUUUAAUGAAACUUCUCACAGCUGUAAAUAAAUAUAUGGUCUAUAAUGUGGUGAAAUAAAAUGUGUAGGUCCAUGUGUUUAUUUUUGAGAUAUUUUACCAUGAUUAAAGCGAACCACACAUUUCAAGCUAUAUUUAAGACAUUAUUUUGAAUUAUUUAACAUGUCAGAUGUUUUAAUAUCAUAUUUUUAAUUUAGAAAGAUAGUAACAGUGUCAUUGUAAUAAAUUUACUCAAGGGUUGCCAUUAAUUCGUAAAAUGAUUUUCAUUUCCGUACACCGAAUCCAGGCUCUAUUCUACGUUUUCUGGAUAAAUGACGUUACGCCAUCACUUCUGGUUUAUCAAACAUGCAGAACUAUCUUCAAAGAAGAGGGAGCAUACUGUUCUACUGUUCUGUUUGUUUGUGUGUGUAUGUGUGUGUUUCUCUGUUUGCCAGUCCACUGCUGGACCAUUUGGUUUGUGAUUAAAGUGUAGAGAAAACUUGGUUAUCAGAUUUCAUAGCAUGAUUAUAAUUACAAAUGUAUGUGGUCAUUAGAUGUAUCACACUGUUUAGGUGAUUAGAAGGUCAAAGUUCAAGGUCACAGUGAUCUCCUGAUAGAAAACAGUUUCUGAUCAAUAACAGGAGAAUGGUAGGGUCUAUUAUGUCAAAUUUCAUAGAAGAUUGCCUGUGGUCAUUAGAUGACCCCUAAUUUUAAUGGGAUCAGGAUGUCGAAAAGUCAAGGUCACAGUUACAUUGAGAUUCAAAGUGGUUUUUCAAUAAAUACGGGAGAAUGCUUUGGCCUACAUUAGGAAGAUUGACUGUGGUCAGUAGGUGAUACAUGAAAACAAAAAUCUUGGAGCUGGAAAUGGUGUUUAGCUCACCAGAGCACAUGCUCAAGGGAAAUUACUGUGUUCACUCACCAUCUGUCAUUCACAGUAAAAUGAGGCAAGUUGUUCAAAUGGUUCCUCUCUUGGUUGCACAUAGGGUCCUCCAGAGCUAAAAAAAGAAAAAAAACUUUAAUUGACAUUUACUCCUAAACUUCUGCUCAGAUUUUGAAAUGAUUUUACAAAAAUGUUCCUUGGUUGACCCCAGCAAGAAUUUGCAAAAUUUUCUGGUUCAUUAAAAAAAAAAAACAGGCUGCCAAGGGACCUAGUAAACCUUAAACAUUUUCUUUUAUAGAAACUGCUAGUUCACUUUUUUUUAUUUUUGGGUGACACCGUCCGAAGUGUUCAAUUAUUUUGAUUUGGCAGAAACAUGGCCACCAUAAUUAUGAUUCUUUUAUAAUCUUCUCUUUUAGUUCAACACAACAGAAAUUAAAGGUUGAUAGAGGAAUAACACGUAGAACAAGGGAGAAUGUUUAGGCUAUUAUUUAUUUAUUUAUCUACCGGUUUCGGUCCCCUAGGAUCUUCAUCAGGAUAACAGGUCAUAAAAAUGUAUUACCGGUACUGAAGUGGAUGAAAUCUGGAGCUAAAAUUUUACACAUGUUACUAAAAAUAGAAUGAACGUCAGAGUAAUUUUGGCUAAAGUAGGCAACUGAUAAGUAAAUGUACCUUAAAUAAAGUUAUUUGUCACUUGAAAAAUUCCAACUUCUUGAUUUGCUCAUUGUUCUGGCUGAAUUGUCCAAAUUUGUCAAGGCAGACAGUUGUGUUGCUAGAGAUUGGCAUUAUUAGUGAAGGAAUCUCAAAAGUACAGUCUUUUAUCUUGUAUUGUGAUGUCAUUUCUAUCUUUGUUGAUGUUCGUGAAGUUUAAUUUCAAUGUUUUUAGCCAUGUCUUCUUGCCUAGGACUACUCUGAAUUUUAGCACAAUGUCUUUAUUCCAUUUUAUUCUGGGUUCUUUAGUAUUUUUCUCUUUCUUUGUUACUUGGAUGGUAUUGUAGUCUCCAAUUGGUGUAUUUUAAUAAAAUGUUUCUUCAAGGUGAUUUUUCAUGUAGAGGUUUUCUUGCAGCAUUUGCUUUCGAAUUUGAUUAUUUUCUCUUAAUGGAUUUUCUUGUUUCUGUAUAAAUUGGAUGAACUGGUAAACAUUUCUCUGCAGGUAUUGCCGGCUUGCUAAAGUGUUUUCCUGUUUGUGAUUUACGUUUGUUAUUUUUCCCUGUCUAAUUAGUUCCUGGAGUUCUUCAGGUGUUGCCUUUCGUGCUAUGUAAUCAAAUUCCAUGGUCAAGAGAUGAGAUUUAGUCCUCUUGGUGUUUUCGUUUUAAGUUUAUUAAUCCAGGCCUCUUCUGUCUUUAAGUGGAUAUUGGUAUCUUUCUCAGUUGUUUGUAUGAUUGUUUUUAUGUCAUUGACAUUGUGUCAGUAUGUGAGAAAUGGUGCAAUACUGGUUUAACGUCAGUUUUUGCUCAUAUGUCCAUAAAAUCUGUCUCGAAAACAGUUGCCAGAUUGUUUGACAUAUUGUAUUUUGCAUUUGUUGCAUGUUAUUAGGUAUAUUAUACUUACACUUCCAUAUGAAUAAUAACCUUGGAAUUUGUAUGUUUGGCCUGUCACAGAACUGGUGAACUACGUACUGUGCAUCAUGUAUGAACAUGUAAUACAGUUUUGAGAGCAUGGAUAGCUUCCGUUUGCGGAUGAUGUUUUGUUAAGACCGGAGCGUACUAGUGAUGAUUCUUCUGUAAUCUUCUCUUAGUUUUACCAAUUGUUUAGAAAUAAAUGUCAUCACAGUCAUGGUCAGUAAAAAAUUCCUGCACUCUGUGAUCUCAUUUUUUGUCUGGUUUUCUAUUUUUACUGUCACAAAUUCUGUGAGAUUGUUUUAUAACCUUUGCUGUUAGCCAGUAAUUAUUGUUCCAGACCAAUUUCCAGUUGCUUUAAGAUAAGUGCAGUUUCUGCAAUUUGAAUGAUGUGACAGAUUUAAAGCAAGUCAUUCACAGAUGAAGUGUAUUUUUUUGCAACUGGAGUGAUGUAUUGCAGCGCUUGGCAGAAAUCUAAUAAAUUGGGAUAUGUCUAUCAUAAAUGUGAUCAGUGAGUUUGAAUAAAUAUACUUUGAAGUUUUAUUGACAAAACAAAAUGUAUCUUAAUUGUCUUUUGACUGAAAAAUAAGUUAUUGGACAGAUUGUCAUUUGCAGUGCUAUGGCUAAAGAUAUUACAAGACUGGUGGUCUAAAUUUACUGUUUAGUUUUGUUGUAGAAAUACAUUCAGCUUAAUGAUACGCAAAGCAAAGUUUUCAUCAUUCUACGGUUUUAGAUACAUAAUGUAUAUAUACAGAAAUGUUAAAUGCUGAUGAAAUACCUGUAUAUUCUUGCAAUGUUUUGCUUGAAUAAAAUACAGUUUCUGAAAACAAAAAAGUUUAUUUCAUUUUUGCCAAAAAAAUUGUGAGGGAGUAGCUUCGAUUUUUAGCUGUUUGAUCUACUUGAGGGGUUUUGCACAUGUCAUUACCUCUAAUGAACAGACACAGUCAAGUGGAGUCUUUUUUUUUUCUAAUUACUUUCUAUGCUUCCAAAGGAUCUUCUCACAGAUUUUAUUGUUCUAGAGCUUUGAAUAUUUCACAUUUCAAGAAAUAUGCAUUAUUCUAUUUACUUUUAUGUUUUGGUUAAUAUGGCAGAAAAAUUGAAAAUUUGCAAUAUGAGCCGUGCCAUGGGAAAACCAACAUAGUGGGUGUGCGACCAGCAUGGAUCCAGACCAGCCUGCGCAUCCGCGCAGUCUGGUCAGGAUCCAUGCUGUUCGCUAACAGUUUCUCCAAUUCCAAUAGGCUUUAAAAGCGAACAGCAUGGAGCCUGACCAGACUGCGCGGAUGCGCAGGCUGGUCUGGAUCCAUGCUGGUCGCACACCCACUAUGUUGGUUUUCCCAUGGCACGGCUCAAUUAUAAUUUCAGUGUAUUAAAUUGCUAUGUAAUGUGAUUUUGACUGAUUUAAGAAGUGAAUAUUACUUGUAUACAUAUGCUGUGUAUGGGCAGGGAUAUUAAAAUAUGCUUGCAUCUUUUAAGUUUGGCUUAUGGAUUGUCCAUGGAGCUUAUUAUUUACAGAGCUUUCAUAUUUGCAGGCAUUUUGAUAGAGCUUCUCCUUGGACUUUAUCACUUUUGUACACUAUUCUCUUUGUCAAAAUACUGUAUAUUUUCAUAGGGAUAUAGAUCCAUAAAAUACAUUGAAAAGAUAUGUAUAAUUGCCUAGAUCAGGAAAUUGAAGUUGCGUGAAUGGAAUUGUCAUAUCAUUAUGGUAUUGGCUAGUGAUCUGCUGGUCUGAUGUCUGAAAUUAAAGUUACCUUCUGAUGUCUGAAGUUAAAGUUAUCUUCUAAUGUCUGAAGUUAAAGUUAUCUUCUAGUGUCUGAAAUGAAAGUUAUCUUCUAAUGUCUGAAGUUAAAGUUAUCUUCUAAUGUCUGAAAUUAAAGUUAUCUUCUAAUGUCUGAAAUUAAAGUUAUCUUCUAAUGUCUGAAGUUAAAGUUAUCUUCCACGGAAGUGCAAGCAUUUGUAUCUUUUAUUUACAAUUUUAGACAUUGCAAAAUAGCAGUUGUUCUAUUUAAAUUCCAUUUUGUUACUUUGUAGUCACUGAUUUUUCUUCAAGUACCUACACCUAUUUUUAGAAGGUGGAAUUGAAAAUGUAGUGAAAAAAAUUCCUGCUUGUAAACAGUCAACUAAAGUGUUUGCAAGCAGUUACUAGUUCAUAGAUUUUGAUAAGAUAAUGACUAUAACUUCUGUGUUUUGGUUUUCAAAUUGUUGAUUAUUUUUCCACAUAAACAUUAAUCAUUUCUUUCUUGGUUUCUUUUGGUCAAACAUUGACAUUUUUUAAAUCCAAAAAUAGAUGUCUGCACUUGUACCAAGGUUAAAUUUGCUGUUUUUAUAAUUGCUUAAGUGUUGUGGAUGACAGUUAGUGGUUUCAUGCUAUUUCCCACCGAAAUCUUUGAAUGUUUGCCGAUUUUAACAAUUUUCACUACUUCAGUUUUGAAAACAAAAUUAUUUGUCCACGUACAAGUAGAACAGUAUUUUCUGUGACAAAAUUUGUGGAUGGAAGCUUUAAUUCAAAUGUAACAGCCAGGAAAAAUAUGCAGUCUAAAGUUAAAAAGAGGUCAUAUACAAUAUUGUAGAGGUGCCUGUAAUGUAAGAUUAUGUUCCCUGAGAAAUGUUGAUGGAAAUGUUUGGAUUUUCUUGACAAUGAUACAUUAUUAGAUUACUUACAAGUACUUAUAAUAAUAAUGGGAUUGUGUUUGGCUAUUCUUCUUACAUAGUUCAAUAAUUAGAUCUGUUUGCGCUGUUAUUAACUGCAUAAUUGUUGUAGAUGAAGUUUAGUUGUAUCAGUGUUGUUGUUGUUUUUGUUGAAUUUUAAUGUGACAGUUCAUAACAUUUUUGUUGUACUUUCUAGAUUGCUUAAUAAGAUUUUUUUCCCCUACAAUAUGAACAGUUAUAAAUAACUUCAUCAGCUUGAAAUAAACAAAGUCUUGAAAUACUGCAGUUUCAGUGUAAUGUAAUGUAAACAGUGGUAAAUGGAUAUAUCUGUCCUUUAUAUUGUCUGUCAUUCAUCAAAGGCUUUUGAAAAUACCGGUAAUGAUUGUUUACUGUAACAUUACAAUAACAUUACAAGAGCCGCGCCAUGAGAAAACCAUCAUAGUGCGUUUGCGUUUGCAACCAGCAUGGAUCCAGACUGUUCACUUUCAAAGCCUAUUGCAAUUAGAGAAACCGUAGGUCGAACAGCAUGGAUUCACACAGUCUUGUCAGGAUCCAUGCUGGUCGCAAAUGCACUAUAUUUGUUUUCUCAAGAUGUGGCUCACAUAAUGCAAGACCUCUGGUUAAUAACAAGCUUCAUAGUCAAGGUCACACUUCUAGGUUUUAUGGUUAUUGGUCAUAUUUCAAGUCAAGAUCACAUUAUUGUCCUUCAGGGAUUUUGAAAAUAACUGACAUGAAUCAUUUACAAAUUGGGAUGUUAUGAUCAUGUCUGGGAUGUCACAGACAUUGACAUUGCAAUUCAUGCUCGACACUUUCUAGUGACAUUCUCAACUCUUGAAGUGUGUAAAUUAACAGAUUUGAGUGUUUAAUUUGUUAUUUUUUAAAAAGCUUUUUUUUUUAUUACUGAGGUCACUAUGUUAUUGUCAAACUUGUAUUGUUAAUUUUGUAACAAGUUUUAGAAUUAGUGCCAAAGUUUCCCAUUUGUUAGUAAGAUGUUUCCACUUGUAAUUCAGACUUGUACUCUGCUGUGAAACAGGAAAAGAUUUAAAUUUGAAAAGCAGUAAACAUUCCAUUCAGAAUUAUCUCAGAAAUGCUUGUAACUAAAGUAAUAAAAAAAUAUUUGAACAACUGGAAUUUUAAAUUGGUUUCCUAUUAACCCAUGUAAUAUUUUCAUCAUGUGCAAAUUUUAAAGCAGUUUCAAAGGGAUUGUCAAGUAUAUUUCAAGAAAUAGAUUCAGGAUUUAUUUAGUGUUUUUCUUGUUCAAUUAAAAAUUUAAACUUGCCUGGGAGUUUCUAUAUGACUGUAUUUAAGUUGCAAAAAUUCGACAGAUUUUGUAGUAAAGAAACUCAAGUUAUCUUACUGUGUCUACUGGUAUGGUGAAAAAAUAGUAAAAUUGGUAAAAAAAAUAUGUAAUCAUUAUGGCAUUUUAAAGUAAAUUUGUGUUUUUUUAAUCUAGCAUACAUAUUUAGCAAAGUUAUGGCAACUGCUCACCCAAGUUGUCUGUGCAAAAGGGUAUUCAAAGGAUUUUAGUUUUUCAUCUAUAUUUAUGAGUAGAUAAUUAUAUUCUUACAAGAAGUAGCACUAGAAAAACGAUGAAAACUAAUAGGCAAGUUUGUUAAUUAUUUCAUUAUAAUUAACAUUUGCAAUCAAUAUUUGAAGUAUUUCCAGAAAUAUAUUAUUUUACACUUAUAAGUAUGUUAUAAUCACAGGAUAUAUAUCUAUCCCAUAAAAAGCAGGUAACCCACUUCAUUCAAGAAUAUGCCAGUAGCAAAUCUGUUCCAUAAGUGGAUCAUAAAACUAUUCCAUAUAAAUAACCUCAAAAUGAAAAUAAAUGUAAUGAAGUCAUUCCUUAUACUCGUCUAAUUAUCAUAAAACUACAAUAAUUAUGUCUCCCCCAGGAGACAUAUUGUUUUUGCCCUGUCCGUCCUUCCGUCUGUCUGUACGUCACACUUCAUUUCCGAGCAAUAACUGGAGAACCAUUUGACCUAGAACCUUCAAACUUUAUAGGGUUGUAGGGCUGCUGGUGUAGACGACCCCUAUUGUUUUUGGGGUCACUGUCAAAGGUCAAGGUCACAGGGGCCUGAACAUUGAAAACCAUUUCCGAUCAAUAACUAGAGAACCACUUGACCCAGAAUGUUGAAACUUCAUACGAUGAUUGAUCAUGAAGAGUAGAUGACCCCUAUUGAUUUUGGGGUCACUCUGUCAAAGGUCGAGAUCACAGGGGCCUGAACAUUGAAAACCAUUUCCGAUCAAUAACUAGAGAUCCACUUGACCCAGAAUGUUGAAACUUCAUAGGAUGAUUGGUCAUGAAGAGUAGAUGACCCCUAUUGAUUUUGGGGUCACUCCGUCAAAGGUCAAGGUCACAGGGGCCUGAACAUGGAAAACCAUUUCCGAUCAAUAACUAGAGAACCACUUGACCCAGAAUGUUGAAACUUCAUAAGAUGAUUGUACAUGCAAGGUAGAUGACCCCUAUCAAUUUUGGGGUCACUCUGUUAAAGGUCAAGGUCACAGGAGCCUGAACAUUGAAAACCAUUUCCGGUCAGUAACUUGAGAACCACUUGACCCAGAAUGUUGAAACUUCAUAGGAUGAUUGGUCAUGCAGAGUAGAUGACCCCUAGCGAUUUUGGGGUCACUCUGUGAAAGGUCAAGGACACAGGGGCCUGAACAUUGAAAACCAUUUCCGGUCAGUAACUUAAGAACCACUUGACCCAGAAUGAUGAAACUUCAUAGGAUGAUUGGUCAUGCAGAGUAGAUGACCCCUUACGAUUUUGGGGUCACUCUGUUAAAGGUCAAGGCCACAGGGGCCUGAACAUGGAAAACCGUUUCUGAUCAAUAACUUGAGAACCUCUCAACCCAGAAUGUUGAAACUUCAUAGGAUGAUUGUUCAUGCAGAGUAAAUGACCCCUAUUGUUUUUGGGUUCACUCCGUUAAAGGUCAAGGUCACAGGGGCCUGAACAUUGAUAACCAGUUCCGAUCAAUAACUUGAGAACCACUUGAUCCAGAAUGUUGAAACUUCAUAGGAUGGUUGAACAUGCAGAGUAGAUGACCCCUAUUGAUUUUGGGGUCAGUCAAUUAAAGGUCAAGGUCACAGGGGCCUGUUCAUGUAAAAUCAUUUUUUGGAAAUAACUUGAGAACCACUUGACCUACAAUGUUGAAACUUAAUAGGAUUAUUGGACAUGCAGAGUAUAUGACCCCUAUUUAUUUUGAGGUCACUUGAUCAAAGGUCAAGGUUACAGGAGUCUGAACAGUGACUUGAGAACCACUAGGCCAAGAGUGUUGAAAUUUAGCGGGAUGACUGGACAUGCCAAGUAGAUGAUCCCUAUUGCAGCCAACCAUCAGUGUCUCUUUGACUUUCGCUCCUGACCCCUAUUGACUUCUUGCCUAUAGGACUUUGCAUUGGGGGAGACAUGCGCUUUUUUACAAAAGCAUUUUCUAGUUAUAUUCUGGAUUAGUAUGUUAAAGAGCCUUUUACUGAAACCUGAAAUUUCAGAGUUAUUGAAUAAUUAAUGCAUCUCUUGAUUACUUCAAAAUUUCUGGUUAAGUUUAAACCAAACUUCAAUAGUAGAAAAGAUAAGAAUCAAUUCUAGUUGUGCAUAUUGCAGUCAUUUUUGCAGACAGUUGAAACUUUUAAAGUUUUACUACUUUCAUUCCUGCUGGUUCAAGUUUAAACAUCGGUUUGCUAACUUGCUAACAUGCAUAUUUUUGGAAGUUACCCGUUUAUGUUUUUUCACAGUGUUACGGACAACAGUAGAAACUCUCCAAUAGUCAGACUACUGUUUUUGUUCUUGAAAUACAAAAUCUCGAGACAAUAUUACUUCAUCUUAGAUAAGCAUUAUUGUUAUGCAUGCUCUUACCAUGAAUGAUGGUUUUUAUUGAAUACUGUGAAAUCAUUAAUAUUCAUGGGGGACUAAUUUUCGUGGUUGAGUCAAUCCACGAAUUUAAUACCAAUGAACACGUAAAAUUCCCAUUCAUUUUAUGUUAAAAAGUUGAAAUCCACGAAUUCAUAUCCCCAAGAAAUUGCUGUUUUGACCAAAACCACGAAAUUUCAUGCCCACGAAAUUAAAUGAUUUUACAGUACUAGUAAAUGGUGUUUUAGCUCAGCUAAGCUAAAGGCAGGCAUGUAAGCUGUUGUGAUCAAGUUGUGUCCCUUCAUUGUCCUUCAUUAUCUGACAUCAUUGAAACUGCUGCCCAAAAUUUGCUGUAAAACAUCCCUAUAUGAAACUGUACAAGUUUGCUCCAGUCAUGUCUCUAGGGUCACGUUGGCCCUACCUUGAAAGAAUUUAUGUUAAUAUUUUUAGCUCACCUGAGCACAAAGUGCUCACUUGAGCACUUCAUGCUCAGGUGAGCUUUUGUGAUCGCCCUUUGUCUGUUGGCGGGCGUCCUUCGUCAACAAUUUGACUGUUAACAAUCUAUGAGUCACAAUUUUGGCCUAAUCUUAAUGAAACUUGGUCAGAGUGUUACCCUCAAUAAAAUCUUGGACGAGUUCAAUAUUGGGUCAUCUGGGGUCAAAAACUAGGUCACCAGGUCAAAUCAGGGGAAAAGCUUAUUAACAUUCUAGAGGUCACAAUUUUGGCCCAAUCUGAAUGAAACUUGGUCAGAAUGUUACCCUCUAUAAAGUCUUGGAUAAGUUAGAUAUUGGGUCAUCUAGGGUCAAAAACUAGGUCACCAGGUUAAAUCAAAGGAAAAGCUUGUUAACACACUAGAGGUCACAAUUUUGGCUCAAUCUUAUGAAACUUGGUCAGAAUGUUACCCUCAAUAAAAUCUUGGAGGAAUUUGAUAUUGGGUUAUUUGGGAUCAAAAACUAGGUCACCAGGUCAAAUCAAAGGAAAAGCUUGUUAACACUGUAGAGGCCACAUUUAUGACUGUACCUUCAUGAAACUUGGUCAGAAUGUUAAUCUUGAUGAUUUCAAGAUCCAGUUUGAAUCUGGGUCAUGUAGGGUCAAAAACUAGGUCACCAGGUCAAAUCAAAGGAAAAGCUAGUUAACACUCUAGAGGCCACAUUUAUGACCAUAUCUUAAUGAAACUUAGUCGAAAUAUUAAUCUUGAUGAUCUUUAGGUCAGGUUCAAAUCUGGGUCAUGUGGGGUCAAAAACUAGGUCACUAGGUCAAUUCGAAGGAAAAGCUUGUUAACACUCUAGAGGCCACAUUUAUGGCUGUAUCGUCAUGAAACUUAGUCAGAAUAUUAAUCUUGAUGAUCUUUAGGUCAGGUUCAAAUCUGGGUCAUGUGGGGUCAAAAACUAGGUCACCGGGUCAAAUCAAAGGAAAAGCUAGUUAACACUUUUAUGACCAUAUCUUAAUGAAACCUUGUCAGAAUGUUAAUCUUGAUGAUCUUUUAGGUCAAUAGGUCAGGUGAGCGAUACAGGGCCUUCAUGGCCCUCUUUUUUUGUAAUCCUCUUCACAAGUGGAAAGCUUAUUUAUAAGAAACUUUAGCAUUUGUUAGUAUUUUCAACUGCAGUUCCUAGGGUCAGAAUAUUUGGGCUCUACAUUGGUAGUGUUUAUUAAUUAUAUAUAUAAGAAGUAAACAUAUUUUACCAGUAGCAUAGGAUAUAACUCUCCUACCAAGUUUGUUUAAGUCUGGUCAAAUUUGGAACUGUCACAGGGGUACUAAGUUAAUGAAGAGACCAGUUUCAAGAGAAAAAAAAAUUGAGUUUAACUUUACUUGUGUGUCACUACUUCCGUUAGUGAUUUAGAUGCGUGACUUCAGCUCUUUUGGGUCUAAAUUAGCCUCAUGUUUGAAUGGACAAAAAAAUUUAAAUCAUCUGACAAAACUUGAAAAA